AUAGUACUCAUUAUAAUUUUACGUGUUAGAUAUUAUUUAAUUGUACAAUGUGGUACAUUUAAUUAGUAUUUAUAGGGAUUUCAAUGUGCAUACUGAUAUAAUAUCUUUAUUUAUAGAUAGUGUUCCUUGUUAAUAAGUCGCUUUACUAGUACUACUAGUACUAGAGAUAAAUGAAAGAUACAACACAUGUAUUUCAAAAUAUGAAGUAUAUAUUUCAGUGUGAAAUAGUAUGCACUAAGAUGACAUCUCUAUUAUCGUUCUAAAUGGACUGUGGAUACUACCUUGUAAUCAUAAGUAUUUCUAAAAAGAGUAUGUGAUGUUUGGUAAAUAGUCGUUAGCUGAUUGGGUUAGUAAAUUAGUUGUUAGAUGAUAGUUUUUUUUUUUGAAAUCAGUUGUUAGAUGAUAGUUGAUUACAUGCAAAAUGACUUUCUCAAAAAGUUGAUUGCAAAAACUGUUUUGAGCAGUUUUUUGAAUUUUAGCAUUUUGAAACAAUAAGUUGUUAUAAAAAGCUAAUUAAUCAAACAUUAAUAUUGGUUGUUUAAAGAUUUAGAUUAGGGUGCCUGCAUGCGCGCUUAGCUGACUGGUUCAGUAGGUAGUAUUUUGGGAGAUGAAAAAGAUUUUGAUUAGAGUUUUGUGUAUCUAUUUUUAUAUGUUAAGUAGUACCAUUUGAAUGUUUUCUUUUGUUUUUUGGGUGCAACGAAGGGGCAUCAUGCCCCCGCUAGGGCCUAGGUGAUUCUCUUAGUCAUGGCAGGAUUUGCAUCAACAAGAAGAAGUUCCCUUAGCCAGCAUGAGUAGCUCAACUGAUCUUUGAAGUUUGGAAGAAGAGACCAGGAAUCGAGUCUUAUCAGCGGCAGUGUGGAGCAAACUCUCAAAGUGAGAGAGCUUUUGUGCGCAAUGAGCAAAGAUCGACCAUAACAUACAUCUCCAUUUUAUUCUACCAAAUUCCAUGGCCGCAACGGCAACUAGCAGCGCCGCGGCGAAAAUGAUGGUUAUGUCUAAAAUCGAAGCCGCUCAUCAAUUGAUUCACCACGAAAACCAUGCCCGUGCCCGCAUUGCCGAGAAUCUGCAAAGCAGAAAGGAGGACGAGGACGAAGAUGAGAAUCCAGUCCGACCAAUGGAAUCUUCAUCAGCUAUCCAUUAUUCCAACACAAGAACAACAACUUCUUAAACAACCUGAAUCUAUUAAGAGCCUGAUUUACAAGACCCGCCAUGGGACCAAAAGCAUGGUGGAGGAGAAGCGGAUUUUCAAAGCCAUCAAACAUGCAACGGACCUGCCGCCCUCGGAUAAACAAACCAAGAACAAUCAUACCAUUAAACCAACAUUUGAUGAAAUACAAGCAUUGAGGAAACAAAAGAGGGCAUAUAAUGCUAAUGUGGAGCAACUAAAAGGACAGUUAGAAGCUUCAAAUAGGGAUAUUCUGUCUCUCCAGAAUCGAUUGGAUGACAUCAAUCGAAAGAAACACGAAAUUUAUGAAUACAUUCUGCAACUUAGAAACCUAGCUUAACACAAAUAAUCACUAGUAUGUAUCUUCAUUUUGUUUAUUCCAUUUGUGUAUAAGCAAUGGGCUAUGUAUUUCUCAAGUCUUAUUGGAUCCGACCCAAGAAUUUUAUGUAUUAUCCUAAGACACAAAUCAAAAUUGGGUUAGUUGAAAUUGGCA